CACAGAUUUCGCGCUAUUGAUCUUGUUUGUGUGUUAGCGAGUCAGACGCUGGAUAUAUCUUACCAUCUUUUCCAACAAAAAGUAUUUCCUCGACAACGAACAGGUCUGAUACUUACCUAAAACAACAGAAGAAAAUGUUGAAAAUAGACAGAGAAACAGACACAUACAACUAAGAAUGGCUAACAACAACAGAGGUCAGCAACAAGAGAGUUACUUGGUUGCUGUUUUCAACAGCCUUAUUAACACUUUAGAGCGUAACAACCAACUGAUCAAGGCCAGUUUGGACACAAUCAAGUCCUUGAACCAGGGAGCUGAAGGUAGAAAGGGGAAGAGUGAUGGAAGUGGCAGUGGUGGUAACAGUGCUCGAGUGACUGAGCCUGUAUCAAAAUCUGAUGAUAUUGAAGCUACAAGAGCAGACAAGGUAAGGGUUGAGGUUCGUGCAAGUUUUGUGAAAAUUUAUGACAUCAACACAGUCGGUCAGGAUUUUACAGCUGAAGUGGUAGUACAUGCAAAGUGGGAGGAACCUGCAUUAAAGGGAUCAUCAAAAGAGGAUGUAGAUAACUUUGGUUGCAUAGGGUACUGGAGACCCAAAAUGAAUGUGCUGAACAUGUCACAAGACCUGGAGAUGGUGAAGCAUGCGUUCUGCCUCAGGUUUAAUGUGACUGGUUAUAACAACCCUAUCAUUAUGAUGAUGUGGAGGUUUAAAGGAACUUUCAGAGAAAGUCUGGAAUUGGAGCAUUUUCCACUUGAUGUUCAAGAUUUAACUUUACAAGUAACGUCGGACAGGACAAGCGAGGAGAUAGAACUAGUUGAGGAUGAAUAUGCCCUGAGCACGGUGAACACCAAAGCUUUCAUGGAUGCCCAGGAAUGGGCCAUUUACCAACACGUGGAGGCAUUCCGAGAAGAGACCCCUCAAGAAUAUGUGGGCUCAGUCACUCACCCUGUGCUCAUGGUCCAGUGCAGAGUCGCCAGGAGGGUGGGAUUCUUUGGAUGGAAUAUUGUGUUUAUUGUAAUGCUGAUCAUGAUCUUACCCUUCACCAGCGUGACCUUGAGCCCUGCAGGCAGUGACAGACUUGUGGUUACCAUCACACUACUCCUCACAGCUAUUGCCUUCAAACUUGUGGUCCAGCAAAUCUUACCUACCAUCUCAUACCUGACAUACUUGGACAUCUAUAUUCUGGCAGCUUUAAUAUUUUUGAGCUUGCAUGCUGCCCAGAACUCCUUCAUGAACUACAUGGUGAGUGUUCUAACAGACCCAGCAGAAAAAGUGAUGUGGGACAACUACACUAUCAUAGGCCUGGCAGGAUCCACUGCUCUUUUCCACCUCAUCUUCUUCUCAUAUGUUCUGACACAUACUUCCACUAGAAGGCGUCUCAUGAAAAGAAAAGACAGGAGAUAUAAGGCCAAAAUGAAAUUCCUGGAGAAAUAUGGGCGCCUGCCAAAGCCAACUGAGAUUGUUACUCCAAAGCAUUCUGAUGAAAUCAAUAUUUAAUUCAAGUGGAUAAAUCAAGAACUACAAGACUUUUGAGAGUGAAUUUGUCUGGGAUAGAAAUGGCAACACAUUCAUUCCCACUGCAUCAUUAGGGUAGACAAAAACUCAUUACUGAAAUGUUCUGUACAUACUGAGAUUUUGUUUUCUUGACGUCAUUGUACUUACAUGUACAGAAUUAUCCAAUGCCCAAUGACUGUGAUACUUUGUAAUGUCAUUGUAUGCACUUUUCUUACGAAAACAACAUUGUUUUGUUACCUGGAAGGUUCCAAGAACUUACUUUUUAGUGCUGUAUUUCACCUAAAGUUCAUUUUUUUUUAAGUUACACGUUUUGCUGGAUUCUGAUUGAUUUAUCAACCUUAAAGGGUCAAGAUUUUGGGAGUUUUUUGUCAAGUUUUAUGAAUUUCUUAUUAGAAAAACUUGCACUAGCAUCAGAACUAUCAUUUUAAGCAUUUACAUUCUUGUGAAAGUGCAUUCUUUACACACCGAACUUUAGGUGAAAACUCUUCAGUGGUCCUACAAGGUGGAUGAAUCAACCAGAAUCAUUCAAAAUGUGUCACAUGAAAAAUGCUAAAAAGUGAAAUAUACACCAGGCCUCUGUCACUCACUGAAGCUCUCUUCACCUGUUACCAGCUCUUCAGUUUGGUCCAUCAGCACGUACAUGCAUAUAGACUAAGAGACCAAACAGGAGUAUGGGUAGAUGAAAGCUCAUAUGCUUUCAUUGUAUACAUUUCCAUGUAUCUGCUUCUUGUAAUAGCAUUACUUGUAUUCAAGGUUAACUACUGCUGAGAAAUCAGGCUCUUGUAAUCCUGACUCGAGAAUUCCUGAUUUAAGGGUCUUGCCUCACGACCAUUCACAGUUACCAACCGUGACUUCCUCCUUGGUGUUUAAUAGCAUCGAGCAAACAGCCAAGCUGUUAUAUGUAUAUUUAUAUGUAUAUAUGGGAUCACAAUCUACAACUGACUGUGAUAACUCACUACU